AUGUUCUUUUCUGAAGAAUCUGACAGAGCCAGGAUUCAUGUUCUUCUGGUCUCUGACCUGCAAAAUGCUGCAGGAUACCACAUCCAAACCCAAAAGAGUACUUCACUGAGGACACAGCCCAGGGCCUGGUGGCUACGCUGGUUCUUUCCUUUCCAAUCGGAGGCCUCUGCCACAAACAUCCUCCGCCAGAUCAUCAGUCAGGCCAAGAGACAUCUGAGCUUGAUCCCCCUUUUUGUAUUUACUGGAGCUGGAGGUACUAGAGCAGCACUGUAUCUGUUGUGUCUGGCAUUGUUCCAUCCAGAUGUUAGUUGGAACAGAAAGAAUAACCCAGAGCCCUGGAACAAACUGGGUCCCAAUGAUCUAUACAAGUUCUACUCAGUGAAUGUGGAUUACAGCAAACUGAAGAAAGAAGGUCCAGAUUUCUAAAUGAAAUGUUUCACUAUAAGUCUGCUUUAGAAUGAAGGUCUUCCAGAAGCAAUCCACACAAUUUUCCACUUAACCAG